AUGUCACAUGGAGAUGAUCAGCAAUCGCAGGCUCUUGCCAAACCUACUUUCAGUGACGUACAAGCCUCUGCAUUAGUGGAAUCGGUAUUUGGGUUAAAAGUUUCCAAGAUCCAGCCGCUUCCUAGCUAUGAUGACCAGAACUUUCACGUGUGCAUUUCAAGUACCAAAGACACUACAGAUGGGCCAACUGAGUACGUUCUCAAAAUAAGCAACACCGAGUCCAGCAAAACUCCAGAGCUGAUUGAAGUGCAGAAUCACGUCACCAUGUUUCUGAGAGCUGCUGGGUUCCCAACGGCCUCUGUGCGUCACACUGUGGCCGGCAACCUCACCGGUCUCAUGGCCGUAGAUGGCGGCGCCAGAGUCCCAAGCUACCUGGUGAGGCUGCUGUCAUACCUCCCGGGAAGACCUGUUGCCGAGAUCCCCAGCAGCCCCCAGCUGCUGUACGAGAUCGGGAGGCUUGCCGGCAAACUGGAUGAGACCUUGCAGAAAUUCCAUCACCCACAGUUAAGUAGUCUUCGUCGGGAGAGCUUCAUUUGGAAUCUGAAAAACGUUCCUCUUCUGGAGAAAUAUCUGGAUGCCUUGGGCCAGAACCGAAACCGGGAGAUUGUCGUGCAGGUCAUUCAGCUGUUCAAGGAUGAAAUCCUGACCAAACUAAGUCAUUUUCGAGAGUGUAUCAAUCAUGGAGAUCUUAAUGACCAUAAUAUUUUAGUGGAGUCCAGCAAGUCAGCCUUUGGAGAUGCUGUAUAUCAAGUGUCUGGGAUUUUGGACUUCGGCGACAUGAGCUACGGCUACUAUGUGUUUGAAGUGGCCAUCACCAUCAUGUACAUGAUGAUUGAGAGCAAGAGUCCCGUACACGUGGGAGGUCACGUCCUUGCAGGGUUUGAGAGCGUCAUCCCGCUGACGCCCGUAGAGAGGAGUGCCUUGUUUCUCCUCGUGUGCGGUCGCUUUUGCCAGUCCCUCGUCAUCGCUGCAUAUUCUUGCCAGCUACACCCAGAGAACAAAGACUAUCUCAUGAUUACCGCAAAAACCGGGUGGAAGCACUUGCAGCAGAUGUUUGACAUGGGCCAGAAGGCUGUGGAAGAAAUCUGGUUUGAAACUGCCAGGUCUUAUGACUCUGGGGUCUCCAUGUGACCCGGGAGCCUUCACAUGAGCUCCGAUCAUGAAAAACCCAAGGGGACCAAAUCUAAUUCUACCCAGGAUUUCCCUGCACAGUGAGAAAUGAACUGAUGGAACAG